CGUUCCUGAUGGGCUGAAAGUUGAAGAACUGUUUGACAUUUCCUUAUACUCUAAUAAUAGUAGAGACGGCUGGGGACUAACGACUUACACAAAAAGGAGCAUGGCUGACGGAGACAUGCAGAGUGCUGAGGACAAUGUGGACGCCAUAAAAUUGUUUGGAAAAAGGUUGGGUGCAAAGCCUGCAGGCAGCAGUGAGACUCCUGAGGAAACUGACUCUGCCCCCCGCAGCCAUAGUGACCCUUACCGCUACAAGAUGGACUAUCCCUGCAUCGGAACCUGUCUGAUCAUCAACAACAAGAACUUCCACCCAUGCACAGGGAUGAAAGCUCGUAACGGGACGGAUCUAGAUGCUGCCGCUGCCAUGAAGACCUUCUCUGAGAUGGGUUAUAAGGUCCAGUUUGCCAAUGAUCAGACCGUGAAGGAGAUGAAAACACUGUUGUGUAAUGCAUCCAAGGCGGACCACAGUCAAAAUGCAUCAUUUGCUUGUGUGUUGCUGAGUCACGGAGAUGACGGGGUGAUAUACGGUAUCGACGGCUGUGAACUGCUUGAGGAACUGACAAAGCACUUUAAAGGAGAUCGCUGUAGGGAUCUGGUGGGGAAACCCAAGCUCUUCUUCAUACAGGCGUGCCGUGGGUCGGGCCUGGAUGAUGGAUCCUGCAUUGAGGCGGACAGUGUGGAUUCCCAAUCAUCAUCAUCUGAGAGGAUUCCAGUGGAGGCAGACUUCCUGUAUGCUUAUUCCACUGCUCCAGGCUACUACUCAUGGAGGAACCAAAGCAACGGCUCUUGGUUCAUGCAGUCUCUGUGUGAGAUGCUGCAGAGAUUCAGCGGAGAGCUGGAGCUCAUGCAGAUCAUGACCCGGGUCAACCGCAAGGUGGCGCUGCACUUUGAGUCCUCCUCCAACUUGCCGGGGUACAGCGGGAAGAAGCAGAUCCCCUGCAUCGUCUCAAUGCUGACCAAAGACUUCUACUUUCCUAAAAAGAUAGAGCGUUCUUAACUACAAUCAGAGUCUAAAAACCAGAUUGAUAUGACAGCACUGUAGUCCCUUCUUCAGAGCGUCGUCCUGAGCAAAGGUCUGUUAGCAGAAAGAUUAACCUCUGGAAUGUCCAAAUUGACCAAUCAGAAUCAAGUCUUCAACUGAGCUGUGUAAUAAUGAGCAUUAACUUUCUUAUAUGAUUUUUUUUUAGUGUUUAGUUUUAGAAAACGUUUUUACUUCCUGUGGUGCAGUAAAGGGUGUUGGGAACAUUAUCAGUGAUUUCACACUAAAACAUAAACAGAAGCCUGGAAAUGUGGACUUCUUUUAUAAUAGCAUUAAACUGUAUAUUUAAGGAUAAACAAUGAGUUUACAACAUACAA